GUGUGUGUGUGUGUGUGUGUGUGUGUGUGUGUCAGACAGGCAGCAGAAGGAGUCACGGCAGCAGUUUUGGAGCCCAGCCGGGAAAGCUGCGUCCGAGACGGGAGAACUAACAAGGAGGCUUCCGCGAUGACUUGGGGAACUGAGCUCUGGGACCAGUUUGAUAAUCUGGACAAACACACCCAGUGGGGGAUCGACUUUCUUGAGCGCUAUGCAAAAUUCGUCAAGGAACGGCUGGACAUAGAGCAAAACUAUGCCAAACAGCUACGGAGCUUGGUGAAGAAAUAUUGUCCAAAGCGCUCUAAAGAUGAGGAGCCGAGGUUCACGUCAUGUAUGUCAUUCUACUCCAUACUGAAUGAAUUAAAUGACUACGCUGGUCAGAGGGAGGUGGUGGCCGAGGAGAUGGCUCACAAGGUUUACGGUGAGCUGAUGAAGUACAGCCAAGACCUUAAAGCUGAGAGGAAACAUCAUCUACAGGAGGGCAGGAAGGCUCAGCAGUAUCUGGAUCAUUGCUGGAAGCAGAUGGACAAUAGUAAAAAGAAGUUUGAGAGAGAGUGUCGCGAAGCAGAAAAAUCCCAGAUUAAUUAUGAUCGCUUGGAUAAUGACAUCAACGCCACCAAGUCAGAUGUGGAGAAGGCCAAAGCCCAGUUCUACCUGCGCACUCACGCAGCCGAUGAGAGCAAGAACGAGUACGCUGCUCAGCUGCAAAACUUCAACGCAGAGCAGUGGAAACAUUUCAACAACGCUAUCCCACACAUCUUCAAGAAUCUGCAGAGCAUGGACGAACGUCGAACAGUGAAGCUCGGGGAGACGUAUCGAAGCUUUGCUGAAGCAGAGCGGAGAGUCAUCCCCAUCGUCUCCAAAUGUCUAGAAGGAAUGGUCUCUGCUGCCAAGGCUGUGGAUGAGCGAAGAGAUUCAGCAAUAGUCGUGGAAUCAUUCAAGUCCGGCUUUGAACCUCCAGGAGAAUUCCCCUUUGAAGACUACAGUCAGAAUUUGAGCAGAACCGGUUCAGACGGGACCAUCAGUAACACACCUAAAGGAGACAGAGACAGGGAUGGAGGUCCGGUGUCCCGGUCUGACCCCAAACACCCCAUGAGCAGACCCAAGAACAAGCUCUGGCUGUUUGGAAAGAAACCAAAGUGGUCAGUAAAGAUGGCACCGUCUUUGGAGGAUUUUAGCCACUUUCCUCCCGAGCAGAGGAGAAAGAGGCUGCAGCAGAGGAUUGACGAACUCAACAAGGAGCUCCAGAAAGAGAUGGAUCAGAGAGACGCUUUGAACAAGAUGAAGGAUGUGUACGAGAAGAAUCCUCAGAUGGGCGACCCCAGCAGCCUGCAGCCGAAAAUAUCAGAGACCAUUUGUAACAUGGAGAAGUUGCGCUCAGAAAUCCACAAAAAUGAGACUUGGUUAGCCGAGGUGGAAGGAAAGCAGAGCUCCAGGGGAGACAGAAGACACAGCGCCGACAAUCACCAACACACUCCUCAAGGCAGAGAGAGUCCUGAGGGCAGUUACACGGAUGACACCAGCCAGGAACAUCAGACGCCUCACCGCCGGCCGCGUCCUGCGCAGCCGACCCCCGACCCUCACGAGUUUGAUGAUGAGUUUGAUGACGACGACCCGCUGCCCGUCAUCGGACACUGCAAAGCGCUGUACUCGUUUGACGGUCAGAAUGAGGGAACACUGGUCAUGGCAGAGGAUGAGGUGUUGUACAUCAUCGAGGAGGAUAAAGGAGACGGCUGGACGCGGGCGAGGAAGCAGAGCGGCGAAGAAGGCUACGUUCCCACGUCUUACGUAGAAAUCACUAUGGAGAAAAACAGCAAAGGUGCCGUCACCUACAUCUGAAGCCACACUCACCCGUGUCUGUCAUUUACGUCGCGUGUGCAUUCCUGUGAACAUAACGAGACGAAUGGAAAAAGACAGCACCCUAACACCUGCAUGGACAUCAGUCAUCUGUCUUUGUUUCACGUGCCCAUCUCUUUACCUCUCUGUCCAUUCCUCUAACGCUCUGCUCGUCCUUCUUCCCCCAUCUGUGGGAUUCAUCUUUCAGAGUUGUACCUGAGAUUCUGUUUGCAGUUAUGUGUGAAACAUGUCCACUGUAGUCGAGCCUCGCGUCUCCGCUGCAACAACUUCUUAACGAACAAAGUGUUUCAAAUGUUUUUAUGUAAAAUAUUAGAAAGAAUUUAUUUUUUGUUUUCCUCAAUCUCAAUUAUUUUAAUGGUUCCUUUUGUUCUUGCUGGAGAUGAUCAAACUCCCUAAUUUUAAAGUUUUAUUUGUGUGUCGACACAUGUUUGUUUUAUUUCUGUGUGUGUGCAAGCGUGUCUGUGGGUGUGUUUGUGUACAUGCACUUUUUUUUGGCUUUUCUGUGCCAUCGCACCAGUCCCAGUCUGGAUUUAGCUGAGGAGAAGCAGAUAAGGAAAACGGAGUCCUCCCGAAGGAUAAACGUUCCCCCAUCACUUGAACUAGUUUUGCCUCCUUGAUAUUGUUUGUAUCAAUCACAAGAAGCAGAGUUUAACUUCCUGCCAACAAAUUUCCACAAAACAGCAUCUAAAACCCUUACGCCUUAACAUACGCAUGAAUAUCUAAGUUUUUAGUUCCUAAAUAGAAAGAAAAGGUGAUUUUGGGAGUUAUUUUCAGAUGUGGAUUCAAGCAGCAGUUCAUUCAUUUCCAUAAAGCUGAUAAACUUGUCGAAAAACAAGUUUAAAAACAGUGAAAUUAACUUUAAGAAAUAUGAAAAUAUAGUGUUCAAAGUAGGUCCAUUUUGUCUUUUUUUCUUUAAAGCAAGCAUUUCUUUAACACGUUAAUGAGUCUGCUUCUGGUUGUGUGUAUGAUUAAUAUGAAACAUCCAAUUUGAAUCUAAUUUCAUAACUCAUUAACCGAUCUUUGACGUGAAGCAAUAAUAGACACACUACACAAUACACUACACAUUUUUUUUCUAGCAUUUGUUGGCAGAAAGAUGCUCAAGAAUAUCAUCAGCUUUCGUUUCUGUGCUUAAAAUGUUAAACCUGAAACGAGGUUUUUUUUACACGAUUCUCACUCAUAUCAUGUAAAUUCUCAUAUUGUUCUCUUAACUCUCUAUUGAAUCUGUUGUGCAGCUUUCAUGGUGACAUGUUCUUUGUUUGCGUCUGCUAUUAAAAACUCAGCACAAGUUUUCGCUGACUUUAUGAUUGCAUCAGACCUCCGCUGCCGGUUAUUUAACAGUUGUCAGUUAAAUAUUGUCACGUUGUUUGCAGCGGCAUCACGUUGGGCAGCCAAACGCUGCCUGGCUGAAAGCCGGGACUUACAGAAACAGCUUCGCUGCUGAUGUUAUCAGUUCUUACACUGUUGGCAAGGAAACGUGACGAACAUGAAGGCUGCUGAAUGCACAGAAGGUCUUCGUUAUGACAUUAAAACACAAAAAAGGCUGAUCUUUGUUCUCAAUGUGCUGCGCUGCUGAUAAUGACUCUAAACUGAGAGUCUGAAAUCAAAAGGUUUCAAAUCUUAGUCUUAGUUUAACAGCAGGUGGUGUAUAAUGAUUUAUUAUGGUCUGAAUAAUGGCAUAAACAGACAAACUGCAGGAAACUCACGCUUGCAUUUGGCUUUUUAUUUUUAUUUUUUAAACAAUAAGUCACUUACUGUACAUCCCCUUCGAAGGAAACUACAGAAGAAUUUCUCUGUUAGAAUGUGUUAACUCAACACUUUCUCUCUUGUGUUUGCGUGUGUGUGUGUGUGUGUGUGUGUGUGUGUGUGUGUGUGUGUUAACUGGCUCUCUCCUCUAUGUGACUGCAGGUUCCUGAGGGCUGCAGAGUGGCCGGGCGAUUUGAUUGGCUGGUGGAGGGCUCACGCUGGUUGCUGAUUAUUGGUGGUGGGGGUAAUUGUGACACCGGGUAGGGGGUUAAACAGGGCUGCAAGAGAGGUCUGCAUGUCUGCAUGCUCACUUACCGACAAUCAGCGAAGCAAAACAGAAGAGAUGAACAUGCAAAUAUGUAGUUGACAUCCUCAUGUAGGAUCCUUAUUCAUAUUCAGGAGAGCCAGAGCAGCAGAGAGGGACAGCUCUCAGACGACAGGUGACGAAAAAACCUCCACUUUACUAACAUCCAAACUUCUGUUAAGGCUUCAGGGGAAGGUUGUUUAUGAAGUCUGUUUUAGAUAAAAACAACAUAAAAUGUAACUUCACUAGAGACUACAGCUUCUUGAAAGAUCAGCUUCUUUCACAGAUUUAACUGCUGUUUCUUUUCCCCGUUGAUUGAUCCUGGUCAGAAGCCAGCACCAAAUGAUCAGCAAGAAAAUGCAUUCGUGUCCAGAGAAUUUAAAUGUUAGACAAGAAUUAUGUGAAUCAGAUGAUCCACGGCCCGAGAGAAAAAUCUGCAUACAUUGAUCUGCCAGAAUGAUCCAAAUUUCCCAGUUAUUUAAACGAAAUCUGAUCAUUUUGCAUGAUUAGUGGCUUUUGCUUUGUUUUGCUUCUCUUCCCUCCAGUGGUUUAACUGCUGCUGAGUGAAGAAUUAGCAUUUUGGCAAUAAUUAUUGAUCUUCACAGCGGUGCAGAAUUAUUGUUGCCACAUUUAAUUUUAAACCAUAUUCAAAACAGACAGUUCAACAACUGAGAAAACGACAGGCAGCAAAGCAAACUAGUAAAGCAAACUCUUUAAGCUGCCAGUUUAGUUUCCGUGCUCUUCCAGGUUGAGUUGCUGCAGAGAAGUUUUAGAGAAUCACACCAGCUGGAGAUUGUUACCUUCCUGUCACUAAGCUGUUGAAUACUUGCUGCAUGUCUCCCACAGGAACAAGCAAAAGAAAAACCUGCCGUAUUUUCAGAGAUAAACAGAACUUGUAAAUGAGCUUGAGGGGGUGCAGAAAUCGUCUCUUAUGGGAUGGAGCUUCUCACCUGUCUGUUGUGGCCUAAAACAAUAACUGGCCUUUUUAGAUGUUAAUCAAUCGGCUCUGGUGCUGCUGAGCAGAUUGUUUGGGGGGAGAAGAGUGUUUAAGCUGACCUUUUUGAAGGUUAAUCUCGUUACCCUCACAGUAUUUCCACUCCCAGAUUUUUUGAACAGCUCAAGAUGACAGAAAAACAACAGACUUUAGAGCAGUUUUCAGUCACGUACUCAUCCUGUAUUUAUUUCUGACACUAACACCAUCAGUGCCGCUGUGCUCCAACUCAUUCCUCUCGUCAUCUGUGCUCUGUUGGUGAUGUCUGCCUGCCUGAGCCGCUCUGCUCCUCAUGCCUGCCUUCACCCUCAUCCAGAAGCAUGUUUUUAACGUGUCCCAGACAGGUUGUCUCAUCAGUGUGUUUGUGGAACUCCGGCUGUGACUUGUCCUGUUGUCAUGUUGCUCUAAUGAAGCAUGAGUGUUUUUUAUGCCUGCGUAAUGUCAGAGUUGCUUAGGCACAUAGGACUUUCAGAUGAAUACAGGACCUCUCUUCGUCCCUGUCUCUCCGCCUCUUUCCUUUUCCUCCUCGGGUGUCAUUCCAGCAGCUGACCAGCAGAUGGAGACCUUCCCUGUCCAAACCACUACUCAGUUCCAGCCGGACUGAGACACUUUUAAAAACACCAAACUACCAAGAGGAGCUCCAGACUCUGCCUUAAUCCUCUUUUCUCUCUUUUUUUUUUUUCUGGUGGAAUUUUUAACACCGUGUUCUUCUGCCUGACUACAUCUCCCAUCAGCCACUUGGACUCACCUCCUCUGGGAAGAGAGACUCGGUGGUUUCCAUGAAAAGUUUUUAUUCCAUGUAAUCAGUUGUACUUGUGAAUGUGACGACACGCACGCAUGUAGCAGCGACCUGUACGGAAAGCCAAAUGGGCCAAAAAAAAACUAA